AUGUUCGAUGCGUAUACAAGACUUCGUGCAGUGGCUCAAAAUUCUCAUUUAGAAAAUGAGCUGGAUGUCACAAAAAUCGUUUUUGUUGGUGAAACUUCAACGGGUAAAUCAACGCUGAAUCAAUAUUUUUUACGAUUUACAUGCUCAUUUUCACAAGCUGAUGCAGCAGCAUGUUGUCCAGUUAUACAUCGUUUGUGCUAUAGUCCAAAUUUAGCUGAUGAUGAGAUCCGGUUUAUACAACCAGUCGGACUGAAACCAGCUGAUUUAGCAAACAUUUAA